GAUACACACUUCUCAUCAGCUCUUCCCUGUUUUUUUUUUUGUUUUUUUUUUCCAAGCAGGAGUGUAAAGUAAGUCUUUGAGGGCUGUGUGCUUUCUGGAUCCUUGAUAACAUGACAAGCUGCAUGUUUUUUUGUGUUUUUUUUGGCAAAUGUGAGGUAUGGGAAUGGCUGCUAUAACAUAAGUGAUAUCAGGAAGUUGUCUCAUGGACCUUCCACAUCAAAUGUAGCUAUAGGCAUUGUUAAAAUGCAUGGUGUGUGUUUUAUUAAUAAAUUAAACAUUGGCUUCAGUGGCAAAUCUCUGUGCAUACUAGGAACAAAACACUUUGGGGCAUGUUCUGUCGGGACAUGCAGCUAAUUUGUAGACUAACCCUUUGAAGUCUAAAAAAAUAAAUGUUUUGCUAUAGAUUUAGUUUUGCUGUAUUAAACCACCUUAAAUGUUUUAAUGUUUAUCUUUUUUUAUUUUGUUAUUUUUUAAAUGUAAGAUACUGUAUUAUUGUGUAAAGUGCUUGUACAACCCACAAAUAAGAAAAAAAAAGCACCUAUAAAAAAUAUUUUAUAUAAGCAAAGAACUCUAGUGAACUAGUUACAAAUAAAAUAGAUCAGUCAUUGGCAUUUUUUUUUCAGUCUCUCAGUCCUUCCUUUUUUCAGUCUCUCAGUCCUUCCUUUUUUCAGUCUCUCAGUCCUUCCUUUUUUCAGUCUCUCAGUCCACCAUAAAUGCAAAAUAUAAACUUUAAAAAUGAGAAACAAGAAACUUUAGUGAACUAUUUACAGGUAAAACAGGCUUUUUGUCAGUCUGGGCAGCCCUCCAAUGUCAGAGGCUAUGUUUACAUUCACAUCAAAUUCCGUUUAAGGUCUAUAUUCGGGUUGCAGCCGUAUUCCGAAUACGAUGUUUAUAUGUGUACAGGCAUCAGAAUAUUCCUGUAUACAUGGUUGCUGUAAGUAUGCUUGAGUUGCCAUUCCUGAAAAGCAUCUGUUAGCACCCACAAUUCCUUGUGGACUGAGCGUGUACAUAUAUCUUCCUUCAGUGGAUUAUCUGAAUAAGGUGUUUACAUGCAACAAAUUUCCGAUUAAAACAGGCAUAUUCCAGGGAUGGGAAUUAGAAUUUGAGGAAUCAGAAUAUUGUCUUAAUCUGAAUCGGACAAUCAGAUUACAGUGUUUACAUGAUUCAGUGCUAAUUAGAAUAUUGGCAAAUUCAGAUUAAUAUCAGAAGAUUGAUGUGCAUGUAAACGUAUUCGGUGUCCUUUAGCUAUGCCAUUUUUCAAAGCAGUUCCAGUCCACAAUGAGGCACAGUGCCACGUCACAGGCCUUGUGGAUCAGCACUGUAUAGACAUAAGAAUAGAAGAUAUAUAAUAUAUAAAAUCUGUAUAUUUUGUUGUUUCAUGGAUGAGACUAUAUUACUACAAACCUUCAUAAAUGUAUAAGUACCCAGAAUUAUUUAUUUAUUUGUUUGUUUGUUUUACUAUUUGAUAUCUGGAAUGUUGCUUAAAACAUUCUCCCUUUAUUGUUAGAGUGGAUCAGUUGUGUUUUGCAUUCACAUUAUGCCAUUUUGUGUUUAAAUUUUUUAUGAACAAAGUUAAAAAGCUGCCCUUAGACUUCCAUUGUAAGUCAGUUUCAGCAUCAUCACUUAUGUACUUCAUAAGAAAAACACGGAAUGGUAUAAAGAAGUGAGGCUGGGGCUGAUCUCUUUCUAGCCCAGACUGUAGCUUCAUGCAGACUAUCAGUCGUGUCAGGUGAUGACACAGCGUGAAACACCCCCUGGAUUUGAUCUCCAUUUGAGCCGAUAUUUUACAGCCCACUUCGCUGACACACGUGUGACGCAUCAUCAGCAGUGAUUGAGAAGGCACAUUUGAAAUACAGUUGUGGGUGUAGUGAACAUGAAUGAGGUGGAUUUUUAUCAUCCAAAGCUAAAAGUAGACAGACUAAGUACAGACUGUCCAAUCAAAGUACCAAACACACACACAGACAGUCAUCAGAACCGUAAGUUUGGUGUGUUUGUGUGUGUUUUUCUUCUAUGACUUUCCUGGUGCUAGAUCUUGACUGACGUCAGUUUUUCCAUAGUUUGUACCUCAAUCUAUUAACCCCAGCUGAAGAACACCUCAGAUUUGAAUCAGCUCCUGACUGAAUAAUUAUCAUGCUUGGUUACAAAUACGACAGAUGUUCCUACAACCUAUUAAUCUCACAGUCUUCUGUGAGAAAUAUAAAAACGGAAUUUAUGUAUAAAGUGAUUCUUGAUAAAGUGUUUAAAGCUUGCCUGGGCUUUCAGGCCACUUGACGCUGACGGUUUUCCAGUGUGGACCUUCUCAACUCCAGUCUCAGAGGCUCACUGCUUUGCAUAGCUUCAAGGUCUCCUAACUCCCAACACAUCUGAUCUAGUUCAUCAGCUCAUUAUUAAGUGCUUCGUGGGUUGGAUGAGAUGUGUUAGGAGCUGUGAAUUCUUGGAAUUGUGCGGAGCCCUGGAGUGGAGAUCAGAAAAUGUGCAGUCAUUGUCCAGAACAAGGCUUGAUUUCUUCUUAACCUGACCACUUGGGUCAGCACAGUUAGUGCUGCCUCUGUGUUGGAGUAUAUGUGAUUAAGGGGAAGGAGUUGAUGUAGGGACUCCCGCUCUCGUAUAUGCCUGAUGUUUUAUUAUUUUUGCACAUUAAAACAUUGUCUGAAGCGGCAGCAUUAAGCUUUAAUAAAUUGUGUCCACGAUGGCUGCUUACGUUCCUCAGAAAUGACUCACGGUCUCGGAUACUCUGUCUACAACCUGUGACUGGUACUUUUUAUGCACGCUUCAGUAUCUUGAUCUUGGUUCUGAUUGGCCAUCCUGAAUUUGACUGCAGUCUUCAGUCUGGUUGGGUUUCUGACAGUCAAACAUUUGAACACAGUGAGCUUCUCAAGGCGAGAUAUAGUCUCCAGAAGUUCACUGCAUCACAACUUACUAGAGAGCUUUGUUUGAAGUGGCUAUUAGCAAGUAAACGUGGUUGGCUGGCCGGGUGUAGUGUCAGUCAAACAACCUUUUCCUGUGAAAGUACCUGGUCACAUCCAAUGAUGGUGUGCCAGACUCUCUAGGGAAAGCUAGAACUUCUGAGAGCACUCAGAAAUUACAUAUCCGGACACCAGAUUUGGAUGCUACAAGUCCGCAAGCUACAAUAGCAACAUAAAUGCUGAACAGAGUUUGAAGAGAAGCUAACACCACUCAUCCACAAUUCCUUUUGUUUGUGUGACAUUUCUAUACCAUUUCACUGACAUUUUACGGGCUGACAUGCAAACCUGAUAGGGAUGUAAUUUUUCAGCCUUAGAGGGCCUAGAGGGCAUUUCACCUCAUUUUACACCCCAUUCAUCCUGCCAUCCUAUAGACAAGGCCUUUAAAGGUUGAAUUUGGUGUACUGGAAUUGUGAAAAUGUGAAGCUCUUGGGUCUUGGCCCUGCAGGACAAGGACUCUGACACCUUUGUCUCACAAUAUCAUUUGGUUCAAAAUGGCCGUCCCAGAUGGUGCCUCAGUUGCCAGUAAAUGCUGAUUAGAGGAGCCAUUUCGACUCUGAGGGCUCCAGCUCGUGAUUUGGGCUUCAGACCACAUUUUGUAAGAGGCUGUUUGGCAACAAUGUGCAUAUUGGUACACAACACAUCAAGUAUAGCUCACUCUUUCUCUCUCUCUCUGAUAUGACGUAUAUCUCUAACGGGGCCUCUGGCAAAGUCUCUGUGCUUCUCUCACCUUCUCUUCUGCUUUUUCUGUUUACCCUGAGGUGUGUUCUCUGAGAAUGACAGCUGCAUGUAAUGCAGCCACAUAUCUUUCUUGGAAAAGAAACAAGAGAGGUAAAGCAAGGAUGGGAGAGGUGAAAGGAGAGACGAGAGCGCUCUCCCAUGCUGUGUGUGACGAGACGGACUCCUCGUUAAUUCUAUCAGCAAGGGGUCUGAUUCCUCUGAGCUGAUGGAGCUCGAAGCUGAACCUUAAACCUUACCAGCCAAACUCGCAAACUCUAAUACACACCGAAAAUGUUCCACUUUCUAUAUCUAUUGAGUGCUUCAGAAUAAGAGCACAUAUGUGGGAUUUCUUCCUGUAUAUCAGUGUUAACUGAUUCACUGCUGAUUCAUUGUUGUCAGAACUGCCACUACUCUUAUAUUUAAUGUGUAACGUUUGCUUUUAAUUUUUGUGUAACAUUUGAUUUUACAUACCAGGUAUGUAUAAAAAAAAAAAAAAAAGAAAAGAAAAGCAAAACCAGAAAUGUUACAACUUUCCGUUAUGUACACUUACACUAUGGCGCCAUUGAAUUCUCCAUUUUGAUUGGUCAGAAGGCAUUGAUCAAUUUUCUAUAAUAACAGCUGUAGUUCUGGCUGCAAGACAAACCACAGAUUUUGUUAAUGCCCUCGUUCUGAUACGCUGUUGUUUCUAUAGUAACAGCUCAUUCACAGGGCUGAUGCUCACAUAGAUGGAUUAAAAAUGUGGAGACAUUUAUUUUACACUUUUGGAAGGAGUCUCCAGUGCAAAUGCUUUGUAACAGUCAGUUCCUUGUUUUUUGCAGAUUUUAAAGGACAUAAAAAUCUUCAGGACAGAGGGCGUAGCUCUUUUUUGUUUCUCGGUAACAUGGCAAGCCGCGUUUUUUUUUUUUUUUUGUCUAAUUACCAUCAGAUAGAAACAAAUAUGAGUCUGUUGAGACUGUUCAUAGCUGCUAUAGCAUAAGAGAUUACAGGAACUUGUUUCGUAGAUGUUCCACAACAUUAAAUGUAACCAUAGCUGUUGUGUAAUAGGAAUAAAACACUACAGGACGUGCUGUAACACCACCUUGUUGUUGAUUAUUUUCCUUAAACAGCGUGUCUUGUUAUGUAUUUGUCCUUACUUAACAAGAACGUGUUAAAUAACUCGACAAUAGGUCGACAAAAGUUAACUGAAUUAUGCAAGUAUUAAAACAUAACAAAGCUAACAGAUUUUAUUUAAUUAGUUAAUUUUCAAAUGUAUUUCAGUAUUUUAGGAAGUGAAUUUCACCUAAAUGUUUGCAUAGUAGAGAUAAUGGCAAUUUGUAAUGCAGUAGUCUGUUAUAAGCAACCCGUGUUUCUUUAAAGAAAGUUUCUCUUAAUGGAGAUCAACACAACUAAUCAUUUUUGGCUUUCUCAAUUAAUUAAACAUAACUGAUUCCGAUAAUGGUUCGCUUAGCUAAAGUUAGCUAUUUGGCUAAAGUUAGACACCAAUUUUCAUUACCAUGGUCCAUGAACUCACAAGCUCAGCAUUCAUAAUCUGGCAUCAAUUUUAUUAAUACAUUUCAAGCUAUGUGUACUUAUAUAGCCUUAAAAGACUCAAAUAAGACUAAGGAGCAGUUUUAUAGUUAAUCAGUGAAAGGCUUAUAAUGUAUAAUGUGAAAGAAAAUCCUAUUUCUAUUCACUAUAACUCCUAAGGUUAAUGUUCAUAAUUUUGGUUAAAUAAUUGUGAUGAAUCAUUGUGAUCUCAAUAUUGAGCUAAAUGAAUGUGAAGAUCGUUUUAGCGGUUAUCAGGCAGCUCUAUUGUAAUGGAAAUAUUGGCCAAGGAUACAGAUUACAGGAGCAAUUUCUGAUUAAGUAGCUCAUUUUUUUUUGGUCUUGAUCAGCAGUGUUUAAUGGCGAUGCUGAAAGCAGUGUGUGCUACAGAUGGCGGAGAUUUCGAAGGAGGCCUGCUGAGAGGAGAUUUCUUCAGCGAAAUCAGCAAAAAGCUCAGAAUACUGAGGGAUUAAACGCUAGUACUAGAAGGCUUUUUAAUAAAUCUGGAACCCCUGAAGGGUUUAAACCAGUGAUAUAAAAGACUAAAAUGCUAAAGAGGCUAAAUCUGUCCUGAUGUACUCCUUGAGGUGCCUCAGUAUUUGAUGCUGAGCUCGGCUACUGUUUGAUAUGCUAUACUAGCAACGCUGUAGCUGUUUGAUUGCAUUUUAAUCAAAUUAUUUUGCUUAUCUUUUUCAAUUAACAACCAAAAGUUACAUCUUAUCAUGCUUAACAAGAAGUGAAAGCUCUCAAGCCUUAAUUAGCAUGAAGCAAAUCAUGGCAUGCUAAUGGAGGGAUGCUAGCAUUCACUUCUUGUUAGCCGUAUUAGCAGUGCUCUGCUGUAGAUUCUUUUUGUGUGUCUGUUUUUGUCUGUAUCUUUCUUGUCUUGUUGAUUGUGUUCUCAGAGUUCUCUGUUUUUAGAAAGGUCUAGCUGUUUGGUUUUGUUUUAGCAAACUGAUCAGUUAUUUAGGGGCUGUAUGGAAGAAUUAGUUGCUGCUAUUACAGCCAGUAAUGCUAUAUAGUGUAGCUCUCUAUCUCGUCAAAGCUUGGUAUUAUUGUAAAAAAAAAAAAAAAAAUGGAAAGGUAGAUAAUUUUAAGUGUCUGUCAUUGAGGAAUAUAGAUAAAUAGUGUUUGCUUCUCUAAAAUAAGCUUAGUAUUACAGCCUGUUUAGGAACAGUAGGCUUGGGACAAUUUACGAUGGUAUCGGGAAUCUCUGAUAGAUUCCAACGAUCACGAUAGCUAUCAUGUUGGAUGGUUAAAAUGUCUGUCAAAAAAUAUGGUGUCUGCAUCUUUAAUAUUGACAAAAAUAAAGUAACUCAUAAUAUAUGUUUUCUUUUCACCGAUUUCAUACCCUAAACCAAGCGUAACAGCCUGCUGUCUAUCUUCGGAGCAGAGCAGCAAAACGUCUUUGUCUGAUCUAUCUUAGCCUCCCUUGUCCGUGCUGCUAAACAGAUAAAGCUGUGAAAGUCUUCACUCUCACAACAUGAGCCAUGGUUUAAAUUAAGAAAAUGACACAACAUGUUGUUUAUCUUGUAUAGCAUCACUGUACAAGAAUUCAAUAAGGAUCUCUGCUGCUGUUUACCAAAGAGCACAUGCAUGCAUAGAUUAUAAAAUUUUAUUUCAAUUUUAUAAUGAACUUAAUUACAGCUAAUAACUUGUUAUAUUUAUUUACAGGCCCGACUUCAGUUUUGCAGCAUUCUUGAUCGGCUAAUGAAGCCAAAAAAACUGAGCUACAACCAGCUCAUAACCUGGUUCCGGUAUUUUUAUUUUUUUUUCACAAUAAUGAUUUAAUGUGUUACAUAUGUCUGGCCACGCUCCCUUCUUCCAACCACCCCCACCCCCGGAGCCACAGGCAAUAGUUAGGGGGCACGAUAGGACGAUAGCAUAUUACAGAUGAUAUCACGAGCCUUGUGGGAAAAACAGUGUUAUUGGUUGACAACAUCUGCCUGCGAUGUAACCACUCGAUUUGAUGUUUUAUUGAGUGAUGAGGUGUUAGGACCUCGGGUGUUAGUCCAAUCAACAUUAUGCCUAUAUAACUGGGGUACGUACAACACAUUCAGGACAAAGACAGACCGGAACUACAUCGCUAGAUGAGAGAUUAUGCAUACACUGUUAGCAUGUCUUUUAUGAACGCCUCACUUGUCUUUGCAACUGUGGUGCUAUUUGCCAGGCACUUCAGAAAUGAUGGAACAGCUCCAUCAGCUCACACUUGUCCCUGAGCUCUUUCUAUAUAAGGCACCACAGCUUGCACUCUCUCUCUCUCAUAUACACACACACACACACACGCGGACACUCUGUCAAAAUGCAGGCACCAGAAUAGCAGCCAUUCUGCCUGGCUGCCUUUUGUCCUGUACGAGUCACCUUACUGAACAUACCUACUUCAGGGAAAAUGGUGCUGGCCUGGAUUUGACCUCUUUGUGGCUUAGACACAGAGAUGGAUGAUGGAAUGUUCCAUUUGAGUUCACUUACAGGGAUGAUGUGUAAAUACAAGCCAUGGAAAGGAACACACACACACACGCACACACUCACAAAAACAGCAAUUACGAGAAAGGCAGUUCAAGCUAAGUUUAAUCAUCUUCUGAAACCGAAUAAAAGCUUUAUUCAUUCUUUCAGGAAAUUCCACAUACUGUAUAAGUCAUUCCAGUGGGUUUUUUUCCUCAAUUGUGUUUCCGGAAAGCUCUGUUUAGCCCGAUGGACAGCCCCACAAAUUCUGUCAGAAGCUUUUAUUUAGUUAAUCGCAAGUACGUCCCUGUUUGGGGCUUGUGUACGUACAAGUGAGUGUGUUUUUGUUUCCUCACCUUGCAAAAAAGGGCCAGCUUUAAAACAAUGCAGAUCAUUUCAUAGUAAAACCAAAAAAACAAAUUUGGGUCUGGAGACGUCAGCCCUCAGAGAGAGAGAGAGAGAGAGAGAUGGGAAGGGUAGGCAGCUGUUUGAGCCUCUUUGCCAGCCAGCUGUCUGCUGAGCUCAAUAACUUGAACGAGGGAUGAAGAAAUAUAGGAGGGAAGGACAGGCCUAAUAAAGGGCAGGCCUUUCUUUGGGACCAUAUGUUGAAAAUGAAAAUUACACAUUUGUGUGUGUGACACCUCAACUUUAAGAAAAUAGAGACAGAUUCCCAAAAGAGAUGCAGACAUGUUUUUAUUAACUUGCCUAGAUUAUGAAAUCCCCUUCUCAGUACAUUGUGGUUCCACUUUUGUUCUCAGUUUUCCACGUGCUUUUGUUAUUGCAUUGAUUUAGUUUCCUUUUCCCCUCUUAGUCCACUGGUUUUUUUUUUAGUUUGGUCUUUUAUCUGUGUCCUGUUACUAGUUAUUCGCACUUUUUUUUAUAUUCCCAGUGAAUGUUCUAUGGGGGUGUUUUUGCUUCUUGCCUUCUCCUGUGUUUCAUAUUUCAUGCCAGUUCUGUGACACUAGUAUGUACUUUUUUUAAAACCUUCGUGCAUUUGUAUCCAGUUUCUGUGUACUACUUGGUUUCAAGUUGUCACAUAAGGAGGCAAUUUAACAAUCACAGCUGUAGAAAGGGUGCUGCAAGCACGAACAGUGAUUUCUCGAGUCAAGAGCAAUGACGAGGCUCUGGUUCGUCAAAUGCCGUGACUGACUUUUACCUCAAGAGAUGAGAAUAACAUGAAUGAUGCUUAUGAUCAAAGUGAUUACCUAUUUUCCAUCGUAAAUUGUUUUACCAAUCUUUGAUAAAGUGAGUUGUCGUUGAUUUAUUUUUUUAUAAUUUAUUUACUGGAUAUUCAUUUAGACACAAAUGAAAUCAAUAUAUUGCAGCUGCUAUUAGACAGAGUGAUGGGGUUGGAAUGGAUGCUAGAACUUUACAUGUGAUUGAAAUACAUGCAGAGGUGAAACGUAUUUCAUUUCUGGAAUACAUAGUUUUUUAAAAUGUUAGCAUAGUGUAUAUAGUAUAACUUUACUAUAUGCUAUAAUGUUAAAACUUCAGCACAUGAAGGGUUUUCCCAGGCCGCCACUCAUUUAUCUUUGGUUUAUUUACCUCAAACCGUAGCUCAGCUCAGCUACGGUUGCUAGCAAGUAAUGGAAAUCUGGUGUUGUAGUUCCAAAAUACAAAAAUUCAAGUAUGGUGUUAGCUGAGUUACGGCAUUUGUUGUAAGUGGAAAAUUUCUGAAAGAUGUAAUUUGUAAUUUGAACUCACAACUCUCAGGUCAGCAGCACACAGCCUUAAAAGCUAAGCGACAACUGCACUACACAGGCAUAGUCACAAGAGCCAGCUUUCCAUCCCACCCCGAGAAAAGCCUAUAAAAGUCUAGAUACCCUUUAAGAAGAAGAAAAAAAAAAAAUUCCUCAUAAAAUGAUUGGUGGCCUCUAGACACUUUACAGCUCGGGGACGUGAAAAAAAAAAUCGACUGCCAGCCAUAAAGUGUGAAUGUUUUUCCCCUUAAAGUUGUUUUGAAGAUUAAAAGUCCUUUAAGGACUGAAAGGGUAAAGCUUUAGACAAAAGGCACUUGGCAGUGGGAGAGGAAGGAAGGCGCACUGCUGGAGAUCCGAUGCAACAUGUAGGGUGUUUAUGAAUAAAGCUUCUUUUCUGUUUGUGAUUGGACCGAAACAAACUGGAGCCUUGUUUAGACUGGUGUCUUGCUUAGUGUCUCGGAGCAUUUGAGCAUAGCAGGCACAGGAAUAAGAUGCACCAUAAACAGGAAGACAGGCAGUAAAGCAAAUAAUUGCAUACACAUAUGUACUGUAGGUGUUUGCUUAACCAGUUACUGUCAAACCUAUUGCACCUCGGAGUUUGAAACCAGACUUAGUCAUUGUUUCUGGGAACAGCCAUUUAAAGGUGCAAUAACAUACAUAACAGGAAUUAACUUGUCUUGCAGAUGUUCCAUAACAUUAAACAUAACCAUAAAUGGAUAAAAAAAAAAGUGCACGUCAUUCUUUAAUAAAUAAAAAUGUAAUCAUUGGCAAAUUGUUGUGGUGUAAGAGGAGUAAAACACUUCGGGGUGGUAAUAGUAACGCCACUGUGCCUCGGACGCAUCACAGCAACCUGUUGUUGAUUAUUUUUCCUAUAACAGCACGCCCACAACGUGUUUCACGUGUGUAAAAAUUGCUCACAAAUGGCAGUUUUGUCUGAUAAAAGGACAUAAAAUUUGCUAGAUGUUUGGCAUAAUUAUUUAGUUGUUUGUUUACAGUAGUAUUGUUUUAAUAUUUAGCAUUUAAACAAUACACUUACUUAACAUGACUUAAUAAUGAAUAAUUCAUAAUUAAAAUAAUGAAUUAUGAUUUAAAUGAAGCAAGAAUAGCUGUGAUUAUCAGGGUAACCACUAUUGCGCCAUCCUACUUGGAAUCUAGUCGGAAAAUAUAACAGCUAUAAGCUUGAUCCUAUUUCUAGGAAUAUUUUACUAUUUAUUUUUAUACUCUAGCUUGAAAUUGUCUUGUUGUAUAACUUUGUAUAGCGUUUGCCCAAUUAAUGUAUUUCUAGCAGAACAAAUGAGCAUCAAACUUGAAGUGAGUAAAAUUGCUUAGAAAAAAGGUUAAUCUUAAUAAUAAAGUAAAUAUAUACUGUAAUAAUGUGAUUUAUGAGAAAUAUUAGAUACUUUUGCACAUAUUCCCAGGAUGUUUGCUUGAUGAGAUGGCUAGAAAAUGGUGGAAGACACACAAACUGUAAACUAUGAAAAAAGCUACAGUAGUAAAGUACGAGCUCAGACCGUUCAGGAAAGCUAGCGGAACAUUUGUUCUUAUUUUUCGAAAGCCACUGUUGUUUUUGUUUUUUUUUUUUCUUCAGCUGAAAGGAAGCCACAGUCCUGGUCUGUUCACUUCCACAAGCAAACAGUGUAAAUCACAGUAUCGAAUUAAAACCCACACACAGCUGAGUAGUGACCAAAACAGUGGCCUCACUGUGCCGGAGCUGUACUAGCCGAACAGACAACAGCGCCGUGUUUGUCUGUAAAUAAAGGACGUGUCACAUUCGACUCGCCCUCACACAUAUUUGUGUUUCAUGGGGUCUGUUUUAGAGUCGAUGCCCUGAAGAUAUUUCAUAAACAGCUUCUCAAUUGCUGCUGCUGCUCUCUGUAUGUGUGUGUGUGUGUGUGUGUGUGUGUGUGUGUGUGUGUGUGUGUGUGAGAAAAUGUGUUGUAUGUGGGCGACCCAUCCUUGACUAAGCUCGCAAUGCCGCAUAUAUUAGUCGAGUCCGUUUAUGGAAUAUGGGUUGUGAAAUAGGAGAGAACUUGAGUCACGUCUUCGUUUCUGUAACUCCUUGACCAGAAAGCUGUGAUUUCGGUCUGUAGCUCUUCUAUUUUUUUUUAACCUCGACCAGUCUCUGAGGCAAAAAAAGCAUUUUUUGGUCAGUUCUCCUGCCUACUCGUUUCUGAAUAGCCUGCUGAACACCUACAACCAUUAAACACACUCAUGACCAGCCACUGAGUCAAAAAAAAAAACAGUGCAAAAAUUCUUCUGGAGUUCAGUAAUAGUAUUUAGUAUUUAUAUACAGUGCUUUGGAAUUCUUGACUCUGAUUGGUCAGAAUUAUCUUUCUGUAACAAGGCACACCACUGGUUUAUAUAUUAAUGCGCUUGUUCUAAUAUGUGAACGUUUCUAUAGCAACGGUUCAUUCACAGGGACUUGUACGCUCCACAAAAUCCAGCAUUAAUAACAAACAGAUAUCUUAUUUAGAACAACAUCUAAUCAUUGAUGUGGUUUUGUGUAAGUUUUCUAUAACAUUUAUGUAACCUGUUAUGGAAGGAGUCUCCAGUGUCGGUACGUUUUCCACCACGGGACAGGUUCCAGGACUUUUCUGGUUUCUCAGAAACAUGUCGUGCUACAUUUUUUUUGUCUUAUUAACUUCGAGAGAGACAAAAAGAGGGUGGUGAUGGGAACGACUGUGUAUAGCAUAAUUAUUAUAAUUAUACGUGAUGAAACAUAAUAAUAAAAUAACUGUAAUUAACUUGUUUUGCAGAUGAUCCACAAGAUUAGAUGUAACUUUAAACGAUUAAAAACAUGAUGUCAUUCAUUAAUAAAUUAAAAAGAAGCAGUAAUAAUUGAUGUGGUGUGGCGUUGUUAUUGGAAAAUAACAUAAUAAAAAUAAUAAAACCUCUGGAUCGUAACAGCGACUCUGCCUUACUCCUGUGUUUUAUUGCUUACUAUUUAGGGUAGAACUCUCAAUGAUUUGCAAUAGAUUAUAAAUAUAAUAUGUGUCACUGGCUAUUAGUAUAAUAACAGCAUAGUGAUGUGUGUAUGUAUAGAACUUUCCUUCCCGCAUCUAUAUUUACUGCGUAGCUUGUGUAAAUACACUGAUUGGGUUAGUCGAAGUAUUUGUAAGUGUGAGAGUGCUUCGUCUGGGCAAGUCCCUACACUGCCACUGUAAUGUUUGGAUUAAACUCCAUUUGACUCGGGGAAUUAAGAAUGAUUCAUUUCUCCCAUCCAGUGUGAAAGAAGAAUGCUUUAAAGCUUGCUUUAUCAUGUUUCUGUAAUUAUGCGACUAGAAGACAAAGAUCAACUUGUAUGUGAGUGAUGCUCUGUCUUUCUCUAAAAUCCAUCUGUCUGUCUACAGAACCUGAGAAUCGAUUUCAUAGAGUAGUAGGAAUGUUGCCUGAUUAUUUCUCAAAUGAUUAUUAUAGUGAAAAUCUAAUUAACCCAGUUUUCUCAUUACCCCAAAUGUAGUCGAUCAGCCAGCAUUUCACUUCACUUCUGUGUUUUGACAUUUUCAUAUUGAGUUUGCACUGAAACUACCAGGCUGUUGUAGCUCACAAGAAGUUGAAUCUCUCACCCAAAAUCUUUCCUUGCUCACAUUCCUUAUGUCCUCCUUUCCUUCCUUUCUCACUUACAUUCUCCUUCCUUCCUUCCUUCCUUCCUCACUUACUUUCCCCUUGCUCACUUUCUUUCUCCUUCCUUUCUAUGUUACUUUCUCCUUCCUUCAUUUUCUUUCUUCCUUCCUUCUUUAGUUACUUACUUUACUUUCUCCUUCCUUCCUUCCUUCCUUCCUCACUUACUUUCUAUUUCCUUCAGUGUCUUCAUUACUUCCUUACUUACUUACUUUCUCCUUCCUUCCUGCCUCAAUUACUUUCUCCUUCCUUCCUUCCUUCCUUCCUGCCUCAAUUACUUUCUCCUUCCUUCCUUCCUUCCUUCCUGCCUCAAUUACUUUCUCCUUCCGUCCUUCCUUCUGUCCUUCUUUCCUUUUGACCUUCCUUCCUUCCUGCCUCAGUUACUUUUUCUUUCCUUCAUCACUUUCUCUUGCUCCUUCCAUUCUUCCUUCCUUCCUUCCUUCCUCACUUACUUUCUCCUUCUUUUUUCCACUUUCUCUUCCUCCUUCCGCCAAAAAUAUAUUCAUCAAUAUGUGUCCAGUUCUUCUGUGAAAUUAUGAAGACUUGCUGAUGGUUUAGGACACAGUAUGACUUACUGAAAUCUAUAAAAUUGAACAAAACGUCACCAUGAAGCUCAACAGUAAAACACGGGGCAGCAGUUUGAUAUCGAUCCACCACCUGAGCCCCGUCUCCCAAAGUUUGGACGUGAAAUUGUGCUGGAAGCUGGACGUCAGCAUGCAGAUGAUAAUAUAAUUUUGAAAAUAAAUGUGUAAAUAUGGACUCUGUUUUACAAAAUCGGUUAUUUAAAAUUGUGUAGCUUAACAUCGUUGGCUACAUUAGCCUCCAUUCGACAACAAACAACUUUUGAUUGAUCUACAUUUGGAUACGCGACAAUUGUGUAAAUGAGAUUUAUGAAACAUUCAUUUUGGAUGUGGUACUGCAACUUAUUUCUCAUAUUUGUCAGAUACGGCUGUUUUGUGUAACUUGGAUUAACUGGAUUAAGAAAACGUGACGUAAUUAGGAAGGAGUCUCCAGUGUCAGUGCUUUGUUACAGUCAGUAAGUUUCCUGUUAUGGGAAAGUCUUCAGAACAGAUUUCCACUUUCUGAUUUUUCAGUAGUAUAACAAGUUGAGAGAAAAAAAGACGCUGGUGAGAGAACAGCUCUUAAUAGCUGUUAAGUGUUGACUUGUCUUGUGGACGUUCCACGGCACUAAACAGGAAUAUAAAUCAUUAUAAUAUGUCAUUCCUAAUAAAUUAAAAGAUGGUUGGCAAAUCUUUGUGGUAUGAGAGGAAUGAAACAUUUCAGGAUAUGCAACGUGUUACAGCCCUCACACCACUGCAUCGUAGAUUAUUUUCUUAUAACACCACGCCCUGUCUUGUUUUAUUUCAUAUAUAAAGUGUACCUGUACUGUGCUUGAAUUAUAGUUUCAGAGCUGGUAUUUGGAGUCAGUUUCAUUCUGAACUUUUGGACAUUUUUAGCAUUUAUAUCUUUACUGGCUAGAUGCCAUAUUUUAUUUCACUGGAAAUCUAACGAACACCCAGCUAUCACUCAGUGGCUCAAGGAUACAGUGUCCUGCAUUAAACUGUAAAAAAAAUUAAAUACUUUCUGAAACGGAACUUUGAUAGAUUCCUGGACAGACGGCAAUCUUUUAUAGCUUACUUUCAAUUCUCUACAAACUCUGCCCCCCGACUAACUUUUCAACUUUUCAUCUGACCUCUUCUCUCUCUCUCUCUCUCUCUCUCUCUCUCUCUCUCUCUCUCUUGCUCUCUCUGGCCAGGGGUGGGAUUUAGUGUAUUAAUAGAGAAGGUAUUGGGGAAUAAUAGGCUAGUGCUGUCUUAUUCUCUUAUACUUCUGUUUAUCUGGGUUUGUUUAAAGUAUUGGUUUCUGUCCGAUUGUCUCACGUUUGUUACCUUACUCCAUCUUCCUCGAUAAAAAAGUUAUAACAAAAAAAAUUUGUAUUUUUUAGAGCUAAAUGUAAUAGCAGUGUCUGAACAUUUCCUCAGUGGAAGCGACAGUUUCACAAAUGUAUGGGCUUGCCAUUUGCGAGAAGGACACAUCCUUCAAAUUUGUGCCAAAUAAAGGACCUUAGAAGACGGAUGUCUUUGUGCUGCCUUUUGAACAGUACUCAGAACUGCCACCUACCUAGAGGACCUACUCCCAAGUGGAAUUCAGGGUGAAGUGACGAGUGUCUGCUAUAACAAUAGCAAUAUUGGGUGUGUUGAAUGUCUUACUAUACUGUAUGUGUGUACCGAGUAUAAUCCGAUAGACACUAACCUGCUGCUCGAGUCCUUCAUCACACUCUUCAUGUUUCUGUUUUUCCAAGAACUAGGCCCACCAUUAUCUCUAUCCCUGGCCACACCCUUUCUGUGUAUUUGUUUGUAGAGCAAUGGGCCACUGAGACAUUAUAGCUCCUGCAUAUCCUUGUCGCUUUCCCUAGGCAGAGAUAAUCUCGCCCUGUAUGUGUGUAAAGUGUUAUCAGGUUUGAGUUAUGUUCAUGUGUAGGCUCUCCCGCCAGUCACUUUGCCGCUCACCGUGGUUCCAAGGGCUGUCAUGUAAAUGUAAGAUACGGUCAUCUCAAAAGGAAAAGCUCAUGUGAGUACGGAGUGAUACUGGCCCAGCUUUAGGAUCGUAUGGAAAUAGAAGCUGAGUGUGUGUGCCGCAGAGGGUGUGCCUUGGCGGACUGUUGUGUGGCGAAAAAGGGAAUCUCAGAUAAAGCAGCAGUCAGUCUAAAUACGAAUAAAUAUCACCUGGCAGAAAAGCUAAUUCACCGAAGGGGAAAGGACGCAAGUUGUCAAAGGCACACAUAUGACAGUGGUUACUUUCACUUCGCACCAACUUCUAGGUGAACUUUGGCCUGUGAAUUGACGAACCUCAGCCUUGUGAGCCAAUAGAAACUAGAAGGAUGAAAAUGCGACGUCACAGAGUGUUUUUGCUUUGCACCGUGGGGCUGUGUGUCAUUUCUUUCCUGCACUAUUACAAGGCCCUGCACUACGUGUCUCUGCUACGGGAACUUACAGCACCCUACCCAAACAUCAAGUCCUUUAUAAUGGUGACUGGAUUCUUCUGGAAAGAGAAAGCCACCCCACUGUCCAGUGCCUCUCCAGAAGAGGGACCCCCGCCAGUCCUUAGACCAUCAGAGACCAGGCACCGGGCUCAGGAAGGAACUGUGGGCAUGGGUGCAGGAGUGGAGUUGAACAUGGCUGGAGAACCCAGAGCACCACAACCUUGGGUGAGACCGGAGGAACCACAACACAAGGAUCCAGACCCAGAGAAGGAAGACAUGAAGUUGAUCAUGUGGCAACCCAGUGUAGUGCGCCAGGCAGUGGACCUUGUGAGAUCAAAUGCUCCCAGUGUGGUAAUGAAGAAGCAGGAACCCCAGCAUGCAUCAACUCCAGACCCCAUCAUGUUACUGGGUGACUUACACAAGCGCCACUUCAUCCUCCCGGAGGACAGCACACCCUACUUUGUCCGAACCAAAGCUGGCGCUCGGUGUUUCCGGCAGGGGACAGAGAUAGUGCCCCCAAGAGAUGAUGGGGCAGGCAAAGGUAAGCCUACAGUGGCUGGGGCCCUUCACAGGAACAUCUUACAAGUUGCAGAGGACUCCAAUGCUCGAGCAAAAUUGGUGGAAGACUCCAGUCCCACCCGAGUGAAGCCAAAACGUGGCAAGCGUCUUGUAAAGUGUGUAUGCCGUUCUGGUUGGCAUGGUCCCUACUGUGGAGUGCCUACAAUGGUGUACCACUCAAACCUGCCCACCAAAGAGAGACUGACCCCUCGUGACAAGCCACGACGCGUCAUUAAUGCCAUUAACAUCAACCAUGAGUUUGACCUGCUCCACGCCCGCUUCCAUGAGCUGGCUGAUGCUGUUGACCUCUUCCUAGUAUGCGAGUCCAACUUCACAGCAUAUGGAGAGAGGCGACCGCUGAGCUUCCUGCAUCUGCUGCUCAAUGGCACUUAUGACUACAUGCGUCAUAAGAUCCUUUAUGUAUUCCUAGACCACUUUCCCGAAGGUGGGCGACAGGACGGCUGGAUUGCCGAUGACUACCUGCGUACUUUCCUUACAAGGAAUGGCAUGGGUCGAGUGCGGGGUGCACGGCCUGAUGAUGUUUUCCUCAUCAAUGAUGCUGACGAGAUCCCGGCUCGCGAGGGCAUUCUUUUCCUCAAGCUGUUUGAUGGCUGGACUGAGCCAUUUGCCAUCCACAUGCGCAAAUCACUCUAUGGCUUUUUCUGGAAGCAGCUUGGCUCUCUUGAAGUGGUUUCAGGAUGCACAGUGGGGAUGCUGAAGGAGGUCUAUGAAAAUGAUGGCAUCCGCUUGCGCCGGCGCGAGUACUACACCAUGCCUAAUUUCCGCAAAUACGAGAAUGACACGGGGCACAUCCUGGUGCAGUGGUCAAUUGGUAGCCCGUUCCACUUUGCUGGGUGGCACUGCUCCUGGUGCUUCACGCCUGAGGGCAUCCACUUCAAACUCGUAUCUGCCCAGAAUGGUGACUUUCCCCGUUGGGGUGACUAUGAGGACAAGCGGGACCUAAACUACAUUCGUGAGCUGAUCCGGACUGGUGGUUGGUUUGAUGGCUCUGUACAGGAAUACCCUCCCACGGACCCUAAAGAGCACAUGUAUGCCCCCAAGUACAUGUUAGACAAUUAUGAGAACUAUCGCUACCUGCUGGAGAACCCUUAUGUUAAGCAGCCUGCUCUGAGUGGGGGGUAAGGAGGAGACAAGGUGGGGUUUAGAUGUAGUUCAUCUGGAUAAUAAAGAAAAAUAGGAUCCAGUGGAAGUUAUCAUGGGGAGGAAGGGAACCAAACUCUGCCUACAUCCUUUUCCCCUUUCUUACUCAUUGGAUCGAACCCCAAAGGUUAAUUACCACCAUCCAGUCCCUGGCAGAGAAGGGUUGGACUACCAUGGCAAUGGAUGAACAUAAGUGAUUUUUUUUUGUUUCUAUUGCUGUUUGAUCAAUGGUUAUGCAGAAUCCAUCAAGAGACUGUAUGAGACCACUCCAUUAGCGAUAAGUUUAUUACACUCUGACCCUUUGUGUGUGAGAGAUAAAGAGAAAGAGUGUGUGUUAUUGUGACUGGCCUUCAUAGUUCUUGGUGCACUCCUAUCAUUUUUGCUUGCAGUUUUGAAAAAUGAAAACUAACCAUACAGAUUUAUCUUAUAUAUUUGACUCUUUUUAAAAACCACACUAGACUGAUUAUGGCAGUCAGUUGGGCGAUUUCUGUAUGAAAGAGAGAAAAAGGAAAAGAGUUCUAAAUAUGAAUCAGUUUCUGAAUGUGUGAAACAUGGGGUUUAGGUAAUGUAGCACAUCCGGUCCAGAUUCAGCUAUGAUUGCUGAAGCCAGUGCGGUGAUGUACUUUUGCACUCUUGGCCAAUGGCAUGAAGUGCACUCAGAGGGUUCAGUUAUGAUGAAAGAAAAAUGGCUCAGAUGUUGGUGACAAUGUCGGUCAUUCAUGCAGAAUAGACGGGAAAAGGAGAAAAGAAAGGAGAUGGAGAAGGGAGUAAAGGGUUGGUAGAAGUAGAGAAGAGGGCAGGAGCAGGUCUGUCCAUUCCCUUGCCUAAGGAGAAAUGAAUACAUUAUGGAUGGUGGUAAUGUUCAGCACAGCAGGAGACCAUUUCAGUUGAAGAGCAGGCCACAGAGGAGAAUAGUCCCUCCUCCAUUUCUAUCCCUCUCUCCCCGCCUGUCUUUCUGUCGUAAGGCAGAUUUAGACAACGGAAACCGCAAUUAUCAGUUUUAUCAAUUAAACCCUUUACCUUUUGAGUUAGAUCAUUUUUCUCAGUAUAUGGAAUGUUAUGGAAUCUAGUAGUAAUGUUUUUGUAAAAUGAUUACAAUUACACACAAUCCGUUUAUUCAUGUGCCUUUCUUAGAAAAAGCGCAAAAAGCGGGACAGCCUGGAAUGGGAAUGAGAUCAAAACCUUAGAGUUCCACUCCAAAUUAACAUUUAAAAGGCCAGUGAUAAAUUCCUACAUCAGGUGUCUUAGGUGAUGGAAAAGUCAGGGUAGCCAAAUGAAAGAAAAUAUGCACACACUUUGCAACAUGGAAGAAAUUCUUAAUGGAAAUGUGUUCAACACAACCUUUUUCACAAAAAAAAAAAAAAAAAAAAAAAAAAACUUAUGGGAUAGCAGUUUUCAUAUGAAAUAACUUUAUGUAAGAUAUAUCACAAAAAGUCACUUUUGAUGGAACCGAGCUGCUGGCAGCAAAAUUCGCAACCCUAUUUUGAAACUUUUUUAUAAGCAUAAAGUCGAUGGAAACUAUCUAGACACACUGAAAUUAUUUCACAUAUUAUCUUAUCUCAAGCAGCAGUGUAUGUUGUGUCAUUGUGGGAGUGUGAAAAGCAGGGUAGUAAACCAGCAGGGAUAGGAAGGGGGGGGCGAUAUCGGCAAAUUCCCAGCAUUCAAAUGAGGUCACAAAGUCCUCAGCAUGGGGUGUCCACAUCCCUUGUGUGUGUGUGUGUGUGUGUGUGUGUGUGUGUGUGUGUGUGUGUGUGUGUGUGUGUAAGAGAGAGAGAGGCCGAGCUCCACACUGCAGCAAAACCACUCAUGAGUGCCAAAUGAAGGGAGGAAGAGAAGCAAAGAAAAGAACCAAACACAUUUUCUGUGCAUUUUUGGGUUUGCUUUUAACUAUGGUUUUAAAUAACCGUGGUUCCAGCCAUGUUUCCUGUUCCACACUGCAUCCUUCUUUCUGUCAAAUGUUCUCUCCGCAUCUGAUACACACACACACACAUUCCCAUCCCGCGUUCCUCUUCCUUGCCGGCUUUUGAGCUCUCCCUCACUGCCAAAAAUAAACUCGGCUUUAUGACAGAGGGAUUUUUUUUCCCACACAAGCUGCUUAUGUGUAGGGGUUGUGCCCUCCUUUGUCUUCGCACCAGAGGAUGAUGAGGGUUUGAUGGGCAUCAUACUCAACCGGGCACGCCAAGCUCUGCCCUGCCGCAUCAGGCUGGGCUGUUUCCAUGGUGACAUGCCAUCCUGCCUGCAAAGUGAACACCAUUCAAAACAACGUGGCUACAUUUACAUACCUUUAUGAAACUUCGAUCCGACUGAAAGGGCUGAUCAUUCGUUUAAUAACCUGUUAAACAGAUGAAUAAAUCGCCAUGUACACUUUCAAAUCCAAACGCUUUUCUAAUUAGCAUGCAUUCUGUGCAGGUGCAUUUUGCUGAUAAAUAUUGCAGCUCCUGUAAGGAAAGUUCAUGUUCCACAUUUAAGAAUGAUUUAAAAAUAGCCCCCAAAGCCACAAUGUUGAAGUAGAAGGUCACUGAAAAUUAAAUCUUUUGGCCUUCAAGUAAUUAGGAGUAGGCUACUUUUUGCAGAGAACACCUAGCAUACUGAGCGGCCAUUAGCUACUGUUAUGGUAACAUUGACACUAAAUGCCACACCUUGCAUACACAUACAUUUUGUCUGGAUUAUAUAUAAUGCACACAUAAAGAGAGAUUGGAGUUGGAAGCCAGUAAUCCCUUUAACAGUUUAAAAAAAAAAAAAAAAGAAAAGAAAAAAAAAAAGAAAUCAAGCAUUAAAAUAUUAGGGUCAUUAGGUAAAAUGUACAAUAUCAUAUUUGGCUGUUGAUUGGUGACAUAGAUCUUUUUUUUUUUUUUCGCAGAACAAGUAUAAGAAUUUUUAUUAAUUAAUUUGAUUCAAGGUAUUAAACCCAUUCAAUUGAACUGACUCAAGAAUCAAAAUGAAUCAAAAAUUUUUAUGUGCAGUAUUUACUUACAAUUAAAUUGUUGCCUGUUUAGGGACUUUAAAAAAAAAAAAAAAACAACUUGGAUGGAAAGUUUUAAAAAAAAUUAAUUAAAUUAAAUUAUAAUCAAUUAAACCUGUUUUGAACAGUUGUGUCCAAACUAUUGACUAUAAGAAGUCAAAUAUAAAUAUAACAACUUUGGUAAUGUCAGAUUGUGAUUUCUACUGCUGUAACAAAAUUGAAAAAAAUUGCAGUCUCCAUUUUGAAAAUCAUGGCUUCAGGGUACCCAGUUUGUCUGAAAUCUGCAAUCGGAUCGAAUUCAUUCUGGCUGACUUCAAUCUGUACAUGUAGUGAAACAGAGAUCGAGUGACUCAGAGGUGAGGAAAGUUUAGGGUGUGUAUUUGCAAGCCUGUUCUUUCAAUAACUAAAUCUGGAGGAAGAUGUUCUAGAUGCCUGUGUUCCGCUGUCAUCUUUGCUCUCUCCGUGUUUCUGACGCAGUUUCUCAUUCCCCCAAGUGUGCACUUGCUCCAAGCGCUGAGCCAGAAGAGCAAGAGGAUUAAGAGGAAGCACUUUAAUAGCGUCACCCUCUAAGCUGCUGCGUUCAGGACAAAGCUCCGCUGUGCCCUGUCACAUCUGCAAUGCAGCAGUGCUGUGUUUACAACCGGGAUCCUGGAUCCUAACACGCGUUACAGAUGCACACGCACAGCUAGUAGUGCGCUCGCUUGGUGACACGUCAGCCGACUGAGUCACUGCUGAACAGUAUCGCAAGUGCAGAAUUCUUUUAUGCUUCUGGGGUGUGCUUCAUUCAGAAAGAACAAAGCCCCUGUGGACUUGUCUCACUCGGUUACUCAUAAGCACGUCCUAAUUUUUGCCACGUUCCUGGGUUAAAAAAUGGCCAAAACUUAUCGCAAAUGACAUCAUUAUAAUAGUUUACUUAACGUUAGCUAACUUGCUAGUGAACGUGGUUACUAGUUUUUAACUUCAUAGCUAGCUUGCUAAUGGGUAUGUUAUAAUAAUUAUUCUAACAUUUUGUAUAAUGGAGAACAUAACAUAACAUUAGCUAGCAUGCCAGCAAAAUCAGCUAUUGCUCUUCAUUACGCAAUAUAAUAGCUAGCAUAACAUUAGCUAGUUUGCCUGGAAAAUUAAGCAAUUUCUUUCAUUACACAAUGUCAUAGUUAGCCUAAAGUUAGCCAGCCAGCAAAAUUAGCUAUUGGUUUAAAUUACAAAAUAUAAAUGUUAGCCUAGUUUUAGCUAGCUUACCAGCAAAAUUAGAUACACAGUGUAAUAGCAUAACAUUAUGUGGCUUGCUAGCGAACCUGGCUCCUGGUCUUACUUCAGUAAUAUUAUAUACUAGAAUUAGCCUGAUGUUAUCAAGCUUGCUACUUGAUUCCCAGGUUUAACUAGACAGUAAAAUGGUUUGCAUUGAUUCUUUCUUUGGCUUCUUCUUGACCAUGCCUGCAUGCAUUUAAAUGUGUAAGUGGAGAACAUGCUAAUGACAUGGAGCCUCUUUAGGGGCUUUGAAAUUUUACAAAGCCUCCAGCAUUUUGACAUUCAACAUUUUCAUGGAAGUAACUGAUCAGCCUUCAAGGAGCCGCACAAUACUUGGGGGCCCAGGCAAUUUCCUGUCCUAUAGAUACGUUAAAUUAAAAUUUAAGGUUCACUCUUGUUGACACAGGGACGCUUGUCAUUCGGCAAAAUCAGGACGUGCUCCAAUUGACCUGGCUAUCUGAUACUGCGAGAGAGCAGAUAAGUGUGAGAAUUGUGCUGCAAGAAGUCUUGGCCAGCGUAACAUAAACUUCCACAGUCAACUGAAAUCAGAAAUAUGAUUCUCAGCUCUUUAAGAGAAGGGGGAGGGAAGGAAAGCUUUGAUGUUUUCAGCUUGGAAUGUAGUCUUCGAGUAGGAAGCUGCAUUUUUAGGUUCUGACAAAAAGUACAGCAACACACCGAGUGUAAACGAUGUUGAGACUGAAGUUGUGUUGUUCUUUAUUGGAUCCAGAAGUCUGUAUACACCCACAGUUGUAUGCAUGUCAUAACCACACCACCUUCCCGCUGAUUUAAAACAAGCAUUAGGAAUUCUCGAUUCUGAUUGGUCAGAAUUUGUUUUACGUGUUACAAGGUUCAAACAUGUUAUCAUUUCUUUAGGAACUUACACCUGGUCUGGCUCCACAUAAGCGCACUUAUAAACGUAUAAUCAUCCGUAACUUUAAGUUUUCUGACACAAGAAUGUCUUUACUUUGGAGGGCUUUGCAGUUACUUGAUAACACGAUAAGCUGCAUUUUAUUGUCUUACCUUCAAAAAACAGAAGAAAGAGAGACCAUUUAUAGCUGUUGUAAGUGAUAUCAGGCGCUAACCUCUUUCAUGAACAUUCCACUGCAUCAAAUUUAUCUAUAAACAGAUAAAAAGUAGGUCGUGAAGUUCUUUAACAAAUACAGUAUUGUUAGCCCUGGGAAAUUGCUGUGGUGUGAGAGGAAUUAAACACUUUGGGACAUGCUGUUAUAGGAAAGUAAUCACCUCUGGAGUGGUGACAGUCACUUCACUUUGUGUUGAGCCUUACUUAGCUAAAGCCAGGUCAAAGGCUUGGUCAUUCUGUCAAACUCACUUUUUGAACAACUAGUGCUCUAGAGAAGGAACUAAAAAGGUUCCUGGAAUGAAAAUUGGUAGAAAAAGUCCAAAAUUCCUGUAUCACUGAAAAGGUCCCUGCAGUGAAAAUGUGCCCAAAUUUCUGAAUUCCUGUAAAUGUUCGUGUGGUGAGAAUGUGGCCAAAGUUUCUGAAAUUCCUAUAAAAAUUCCUGUGGUGAAAAUCUUUCCAAAGUGCUGGUAUCCCUAAAAGGGUUCCUGGCUCCUGAGUUCCUGCAAAGGUUCCUGUGGUGAAAAUGUGCCUAUACAGAAAGACGGAGGGAGAGAAAGAGGGGGAGAUGGAACGCUGGCCUGUUCAGUGAAAAGUGCUCCUCAAAGGCUACGAAUCAAAACAUGGCAUCCAUUUUAAUGGCCUUAUAAACGAUCCAAUUAUCUGACCUCUUAUAAUAGGUGAGCACAAAUGAGCUCAAAUUGCUUUUGAUUCUUUUUUUCUUUAUUUAUUUUUUGCCAUCCUCGCUGAGAGGGGAAAAAGUGUUGAGUGGAAAACAAAAAGCCUGAAAAGCCAUAGGCGUUAGUAGAAAUCUAUUUGGGCCACUAGAGAGUGGAUGGUUCCUGAGAGGUGCAGAUUAUUUCUCUUUACAUCAUUAAAGUGCCACAUUUUAUUCGACUUUAUACAUCUAAUAUGGGCUUGUGAGUCCCUGAAGGCUUUCUUUGUUAGGUGAACGUGAGGUGAACAAGGGAUUGCUCGCUGAUAUUGGCUGCUGCCCAAAUCUGUGGCUGUUACUAAUCAUUCUAGAAAUUCACUUCUGUUGGAGUUGCACUAGGGAUCUCUCUCUCAUAUAUAUAUUUCUUUCUUUCUAUCUCAGCUAUGGAAUGUCCUUGUCUUGUUGGGACUUGUUUGCUAUUCUUUGUCGGUUGUAAUGAUUUAUGAGCUGGUUGUUGUUGUACAUGUCCUCGUUGCUGUUUACAUGAAUUAUCUAAGUUAUUCCGAUCUUGUUUAUCGAAAUUAAAAGGGAAAAUAAUUGUGUGAGGGAGGAGAGAGAAAAAGAGAUGGUUAUGGAGCAGAGAGCUAUUUAAUCUUUAUCGAGUCACCUUUUUUCUUUUUUUUUUUUUUAAGUUUUGAAGCACUGUCUAUCCAUCUUUGACUUGUUCCUGUCUGUUCUUCCUGUUGAUGUAAAAUCGACAUUUUGAACUGAUAUUACUGAAACAUAUCUGAUAUGCACUUGUCUUUUUUUUUGUUUUAUUUCAUUUUUUUUAUUUACCUGUGAAUUUUAACCCAUCUAUCAGGGAUUUCUGCCUGUCCAUAUGAUGCUGCUUUCUUUUUUUUCCUCUUUCUUUCUGUUUUAGGAUCUGAAAGCAUGCCACAGUCGGAUCCUGUGUAAGAAUAGCAGCCAAUCAAAUCAUUUUAUAUCACAGAGCAGCGGUCAAGAUACAACAAAAGAGAGAGUGUGUGUGUGUGUGUGUGUGUGUGUCUGUCCCAUAUGUUGUGUCAGAGUAGAUCAAAAGCUGUAUUGAUGAUUUUGCAGCCAGCGACAGAUGGACACACAUGCGCAUACACACAACAGUCAGGACUCUCAUCUCAAAGUAUUACCUGAUGCACACUGUGGAGUGUGUGUGUGUUUGUGCUUGGUUAACCUGUCUGACUCACCACACACUCUUUCACACUUGACUUCUCUCCACUGAACCGCCGUUAGUCAGGUCAUUAGUCGAGGAUGCAGGUCUAAUCAUGUACUGUGUAUACUGUGUAUAAUGUAUAUUAUCAAGCCACUUACUAUGGAAGUCCAAAGAGGCCAUCUGUUUUUUUUUUUUUUUCUGUCACUCCUGUUAUCUUGAGAUCAAAUAUCAUUCUCUAGAUAAUUGUUUUUUUUUAUUAGAAUAUGAUUUGGUUGGUUAUAGUUUAUCUGGGUAAUAGAGAGAAAAAUUCCAAUGAAAGAUAAAGAUUUGUAAAUCCUUGGCAUUGAGUUUAGUUGUUGAAUUAAAAACUUGUUUUCUGGCAGUUAAGAUUUUAUGAUAUUUUUCUUGGAGCAGGACAGAAGAAAUUAUAAUGAUGGAUGGCCUCUGUGGAUUUCACUAACUUGCAUUGUUUUUAUUUCUUCUUUUUUUUUUUUUUGCAGUGAAUCACCAGGUUCAAAUGUGAAUCUGAUUUUGUUAUCAGUGAAAACGCAAAAUUCUUUUGUAAUUUUUUUUUUUAUUAUUCAUUACAUAUCUGUGAUAUAUAUUCAGUGAUUUCCACUUGCGGCAGCUUGUCUUCGGUUUUUAUUCCUCUGAAAAUGAAUUUCUUUUUGCAAACCAGUCUGAGACAAACCAGUCAAACAUUUUCCUGUAUUUCUUUUCAAACUGGAGCACUGGGGUCAGUUUUAUCAUUAAUGCUUAUGGUAUGGUAUGUGCUGUUGAUAAGCCUCAAAACAUGACUGUGUCCUCGGAGUGGAUCUCAAUUAUGUCACUUGAUGCCAGAUUGUAGCCACUAGAGGGCAUGAGACGCCUCAGCUGAAUCUGUUCAGCCAUCAGUCCCAUCGUCUGUCUCACUGCAUCACCCCAAAGUGAGUGAUGAGGCACACAGUGACCCCUACUGACCCUCAGAGUCUAAUACAAACCCUCAAUGUCUAUAAAAACUUCAAUAUUUUCAGACUUGCCAGUUUUAGACAACAGUCUCCUUGUGAGUUUUUGGUUCUUUCCUUUCUGCGAGUUUCUGGAUGUAUCUAAGGACUGCUACACAGCCUACAGAAGGCUAAGCACUGAGCAGUCUUGUCAUGUUUUUUGCCUUGUCGUUUUUUUAUUUUUUUUUUUUUUCUUGAGAGGAUGUGGUUAAGAAAAAAACCACUGUGUAAUUGCGUGUAUGUUUUUCAGUGGCUUGGCAUCUCCUUUCUUCUCUUUUCGCGCUCACAUUUCUGCAUUUCUUUCUGCAUUUGUGUCCCAUUCAGGGUUCAAACCACUUCUCUAAAAUAUCUUUCCCAGCAGAGCGUGAGAAGAAAAAACAAACAAAAAAAGCCGAUGUAUUUACACAAAAGAACGCAGACAUUUAUGAGAAAAAAUGACAUUUUUCCUCCUCUGUGGGUAAAGAUGAGAGUGUACAUUUAUGAAUUAAUAAGAAAGACUUUUUGUUCUGUAUAUGAAUGGCUCUAUGUUAACCUGAACAGAAAAUAAUUAAUUCUAUGACAAAGAAACUAUAAUAAAUUAAUUUUAAAAAUGUGUCAUUGCUGUGACUUGGGUAUUCUUGGGUAUUCAUUCUAAAGCUGGUCUGACACUGUGAUCCCAAUUAAAUCUUGGCUGAAUUCAAUUACAGAUUGUGCAAUAAAUUGUGUUCCCCAUGCCAGAUUAUAUAAUGAAGAUCCUCUUACGA